AGCCCAGGGGCUGUUCUAGCACCGUCUGGUUCGCUGGCGCUGGAACUGCGAGCAUCCGAGGCGCUGAAUGUGCAAGCUUGCAGUUUCACACGGCCUUAGCAUAAAUAGUCAAAGCAUCAGAUAAAUGUCAAGCACGAGUGAAGAAAGCGGCUUGUUCUUGUGCUAUCUCUGACAAGCCAGGUGGCAGCGCGCUGGCCGAGGAAGCAUGCGGCUGUGGCACUGGGGGCCCUGAAGACCGCCUGGCUCGCGGGGAGGAAUGCUACGGUGGGCAGUGCACUUGGAAGGCGGGCCGCGGAGGGUGAACCACGCUGCCGUGGCCGUCGGGCACAAGGUCUACUCCUUCGGUGGGUACUGCUCUGGAGAAGACUAUGAGACCCUGCGGCAGAUUGAUGUCCAUGUCUUUAACGCAGUGUCUCUGCGUUGGAUCAAGCUGCCUCCAGUGUGGACAAACAGCCGAGAUCAAGUGAGGGAGGUGCCCUACAUGAGGUAUGGGCACUCAGCAGUGCUCAUAGAUGACACCGUCUACAUAUGGGGUGGUCGCAACGACACCGAGGGAGCCUGCAACGUGCUCUAUGCCUUUGAUGUCAACACGCACAAGUGGUUCACUCCAAAGGUGUCUGGAAUGGUCCCGGGAGCAAGGGAUGGGCACUCCGCUUGUGUCCUGGCAAAGAGCAUGUUCAUCUUCGGAGGUUAUGAGCAGCUGGCCGACUGCUUUUCAAACGAUAUCCACAAAUUGGACACCACAAACAUGAUGUGGACCUUAAUCUCUGCCAAGGGCACGCCGGCCCGCUGGAGAGACUUUCAUUCAGCGACCAUCAUUGGAACAAAGAUGUACGUGUUUGGGGGCAGAGCUGAUCGGUUUGGGCCUUUUCACUCCAACAAUGAGAUCUACUGUAACCGCAUUCAAGUGUUUGAUACAGAAACAAACUCCUGGCUGGACUCCCCUUCGACUCCAGUGCUUCCUGAAGGCCGGCGGAGCCAUUCAGCAUUCAGCUACAAUGGGGAGCUAUAUGUAUUUGGUGGCUACAACGCACGCCUGAACAGACACUUCCACGACCUUUGGAAAUUCAAUCCAGUUUCUCUUUCUUGGAGGAAGAUUGAGCCCAAGGGGAAAGGCCCAUGUCCUCGGCGCCGGCAGUGCUGCUGCAGAGUGGGGGACAAAAUCAUUCUCUUUGGAGGCACCAGCCCAUCUCCAGAGGAGGGAAUGGGAGAUGAAUUCGACCUGAUGGAUCACUCGGAUCUCUACAUCCUCGACUUCAGCCCCAGCCUCAAGACACUGUGUAAGUUAGCAGUGAUUCAGUACAGCCUGGACCAGUCCUGCCUUCCCCACGACAUCAGAUGGGAGCUCUCGGCCAUGACGACAAACAGCACCAUCAGCCGCCCCAUCGUCUCCUCCCAGGGCUGAUGUGGGCUCGUCCCUCCACCGCCCUGCCCUCGCCCCUCCACACACUGACCUCUUGCUCUACUGCCUGCAUGAGUUUUUAGCCCUUUCGAUCAAGGAAACAGUGAGCUCGGUUCGUCUUGCCCCAGCCAGGCCUCCCUCUGCCCUCGUCUUCCUUUGGGCAGCAUGAGUGUGCAGGCAGAGCUGGCCACUGGGGAAGGAAUUGGCUUGCCCCAGCAGCACAACUGUGAACUCUCCUCUUUGCUGAUGGAUCCAGCACCUCCUGCCUUCCUUCACCUUGCCUACGGAGCUGCAGCUGCACUGGCCUGGUCCCUGGCCACUUCCCAAGGGCCUGAAUCAACUCCUAGCACCAGCCAUGGCCCUGGGGUUGGCCUGGGGCUGUGAACUGUUCCUGUGCUGCCUCCAGAGAGCAGGGAUCUCCAUGCCUGCACAUGCCAGUGCUGACCAGCUCCCUG